UUUGAUUUCAGAUUGUAAAUCAAAUUCAGUGUUAUAAAAAGUAUCAACAGUCAAAAGUUGUAAAAGUAAAAGAACACAUGUGAAGCGUACUCAAGAAAAAGUCUUACAGUAUCUGAUAUCAGUGAAGUAACUGAUCCAUAUAUCACGUGUAUAAACUGAGUCAGCUGAUUGUCACAUCACUGUUAUCGUCUGACUAAUACAGUCAUCUAAACAUGUAAUCUAUAAAGUAACUAGUUACUACAGUCAUCAGAUAAAUGCAUAACAGAAAAUGGAAAUACUCGGGUAAAGUAUAAGUACCUCAAAAUGUAUUUAAGAACUGAACUUAAGUAAAUGUACUUAGCUACAUUCCUUUACUGUUGGUGAAGAGUAGAAGCUCAGGAUACAAACUAAAAGUGAAGUAACAUAUUUUUCAGAAACUACAUGUGAGAACAGAAAGUUGUGAAACUUUAACAGUAAAAUAAUAUUUAACAUCUUUAUAAAUACUGAAAGUACCAACAGAGUCCUCGUCCACGCACAGCGGCUCAGCUGGAGCCCCGGGGACUGGAACACUGAUACUGAUAUCAUUACAUGUUCUGCACUUACUGUUACUAACACUGAUUACUACCGGAGUGCACUGGUAAACUGGUUCUGGUUCUACUGCUCUGAUGCGCUAUGAGCUCACGUUCUCCUCAGUACACUCAGAGUUGGUUGGUUUGUGUGAGAACCAAUCAGAGGAGAGAGAGUGACCAUUAUCCUGAUUAAUGAGGCACACACACACACACGCACACACGCACACACACACACACACACACAUACACACACACACACACACUGGCUGCGCCCCCUGCAGCUCAGUUUACACACAGCUGCUCUGAGUGAAUCUGAUCCUGUAACACACACACACACACACACACACACACACACACACACACACACACACACACACAGUAUAGAGUUUCAGUAGAGCCUGUAUCUGUGUGUGUGAGGAGCUGCAGCUGUGUGGAGCCACUUGUGUAUCUGCUGUAGUAUGAGCUGUGCGACCAGAACAUCCAGUACUGUCAGUAGUAUUACCAGUAGUAGUUAGUAGUAGUUAGUAGUAGUUAGUAGUAGUUGGUGAUGAAACACUGCAGACUGGACUACAUCGAGCUGCUUCAACAGGAAGUCAACAAGAAUCCUGACAGGCUGCUGGAUGUGGGAAAGGAGGAGGAGCAGGAGGAGGCUGCGCCACCCUGCAGGAGCCUCCCACAGCUCUGCUCCAUCCCCAGGAGGCUGGUCAUCUCCCCGGGCCUGGGAGGAGCACCGGUCACCCCCCAGCUGACUGAGAGUCUGAGGAGGAUCCUGUUUGGAGGAACAUUUCACGUCUUUAACUACGAGUGGAGGAAGUCUGUGUUUCAGUUCAGAGAGUCAGACUCAGAGUUUUCCUACGCUCUGGAGACAGACAGGGGUGGAACUCGACCCAUUCAGAUGGUGGUCCAGGCUCGGAUCAUUAAACACCUGCUGUUUGUCCGACAGAGCAGCUCAGAGGAACGGACGCUGCAGAGUCUGUGUGUGGGCCCGAGGGACCAGGAGAGGGCGCUGGCGGUGGUGCUGUCAGACAGCCUCUGGUUGGCCGGCCAGGAGGUCAGUGCCACCGUUACCCUGGUAACUGAAGACUACUGCAUCACACCUCACCUGGACUACAAACUGGACAACUUCACAGAGAGGCUGCAGCUCUUCACUUUCAACAACAAAGACGAUGUCAGGAAGUUCAUCUUCGACCACAUCCAGUGUUUCACAGACGAGGGCAGUCAUGGGGUCAUCCUCUUCCUCUACAGCCUCAUCUGCUCCAGGACAGUCGACAGGCUGAAGAAGGAUCUGGACUCCACCACCUCUCACCUGCUCUACCUCAGCCUGGGAAAUUUUGUUUGUCGUCAGGCUCUGUUGAACCUGCUGCUGACGGGUCGGGCCAGUCCAAACGUCUUUAAUGGGACGGUGAACUUCGGGGAGGACGGCUGUCCUCUGGAGCGUCCCCUGCAGGGCGUUCUGUCCCGCAGUGAUGUGGGUUAUCUACACUGGAGCAGAGAGCAGAUGGAAAGAGGACGACUGCCACCGGUGGGCAGCAUGUUAAAGACUCCCAGGUUUCCCGUGUGGCUCUGCAGCAUCAACAACAGUCACUCUGUGUUGUUCAGUAUGAACCGCUCGCUGCUCUCUGAUUGGAAGAUGGAGCACCUGUUCCACCUGUUCUACUACAACGGACAGACCAAUCAGACGACCACUGUCAGGCUCACUGUGGAUACUCACUCUCACCACUGGGAGGCGUCGUCCUCACACUCAGAUCCAGAGAAGAGGUUCCCGUCUCUGGAGAUGACCAUCAGGACCAAGUGGGAUGGAGCGGCAAUAGACUGGAACAGCACCGUACCUUUCUACUGAUCAUCUGACUGGAAGUUAAUCACUAACAGACAAAAGACCUGCAGCAGCCCAACUGGACCUGCUUCAGUCUGAAUCACCAGGACCAAGUGGAUCAGUGAGGCCAUCUCCUAAAGGGACAGUUCACCAAAAAAAA